ACUGGGAAAAAUGCAAGAGAACAAAUCAAACCUACUUCAAGUAAAAGCCCUCUGGAACGAUUAAAGAGCAAUCAGGAAACAUUACAGAGAGACCAUUGGCUUGGAAAAAAUCUAACAGAAUUUGUUAAACUCCUAAGAAAAAGGCGAGGGUUUGCAAAAACCACUGGAAAACUUUCCGGAGAGCAAGUAAAACCUACUUCACAUACUAUGGGUGAAGAAAUAGGGAAGCCUCAGCAGGUUUCUUCCCUUAACAGGCUUCAUCGAGCACCAGGUCAUUCCUUACAAAAGCGCUCCAUUUUACAUCUUCCAACAGAGCUCCCUCCUUUGACUUCUUCUAUUGUAGUGGAGGAUAGUGAUAAGGACUGGGCUGGUAAGGUGGUCUUUGUUCUGAAGUCCACCAACAGAUCAGCAAGGCCCAGCCAUGUAAAACGUAUUAUAAUCACCGAGCAGGCAAAAACGGAAAAUACUCCAAACUGUGAACAAAACACAGAGAAAGUUAUCAAGAAGCCUUCUGAUGAGACAGCAAAGCAGGGAAUUCCACAAUAUGGCAAGGUCUACAUUAUUUACUUGCUGUUGGCUUUUUCGGUGACAACAUUUAUAAUGAUUAUUAUUAUUCUAAUAAUUCUUUUAAUUAAGAGCCAUUCCCAUCAAACUGCCAAAGGAAUGGAAGGGACUCCUCUGGAUAAAUGGACACUUCUGGAUAGAAUGGAGAGGGGUACACUUGAAAAACAGACGUCAGCAUCGUCAUUUGAAAAGCCUCUUUGGUUUAAAGAUAUGUAUCAACCUCUGGAGGACAUAAGGAAAAAAGACAUGAUUGAUAAAUUACAUGAUGAAGAGUCCUCAGAAGAGGAAAACAUAUACAAUUGGGCUAGUGCAAGACCUCCAGAAAUCCCUGAGCUUAUUCCUGUGGAAAAACUGGAGCUAAUGCCACCACCAGCACCAGCAGCUGCUGAACCUCCAGCCAAGGCUCCAUCUGAACCUCCAGCUCCAGCUCCAGCUCCAGCUCCGGCUCCGGCUCCAGCUCCAGCUCCAGCUCUGGAGCCUAUUAAAAAGGCCAGCUCAAAGAAAUUGUCUGAAAAAGAGUCUCCCAUGAGUGAAAUUUUUCCAAACACUGAAUCUGAAAAAGAGACUCCCAUCAGCGAAACUCCUCCGAAGACAGACACUUCAGAAACAGAAGAAGAAGGCACUUCAAAGAAAACAAGUUCAGAAGAGGGAGAGGAAGAUGAAGAAGACUAAUCUUACUUAUCUAGAGUACUGUUUAUUAUUAAAUGUUAUAUUAUUAAAUACAUUAUUGUUAUGCACCUUUUAUUGUUAUUCUUAUCUUGAGGUUUAAAAACAUUUCAGAAUAGCCAUUCUCCCAUCUGGAGCAAAUGCUAUUGUGUUGGGCUAAGGUUCCUAUUACUCAUGGCCCUAGUGCAGUGGUUCUCAACCUGUGGGUCGGGACCCCAUUUGGGGUCGAACGACCAUUUCACGGGGGUCACCAAACAACGCAGUCUGCCA